AUGGGCUCCGUGCCAGAGGUCUUUGUCGGCUCCAUUGAUCAGGGAACAACCAGCUCCCGGUUUUUGAUCUUCAACAAGCAGGGCGAGCCAGUUGCUUCGCAUCAACUCGAGUUUAAGCAGAUCUAUCCGCAAUCUGGCUGGCACGAGCAUGAUCCGCUAGAGAUUGUGACUUCGGUCGAACGAUGUAUCGACGAGGCGUGCAACCAGUUUGAAAACCAAGGCCACAACCUGGACAGUAUCAAGGCCAUCGGCAUCACCAACCAGCGCGAGACGACUGUACUCUGGGAUAAGGAGACUGGCGAGCCCUUGUACAAUGCCAUCGUCUGGACUGAUACACGCACGCAAGCAUUGGUGCGGAAGCUGAAGCAUCGUCUGGGCUCCGACAAACUCACCGAGAUCUGUGGCCUGCCUCUGUCCACCUAUCCCUCGGUGGGGAAGCUGUUAUGGCUGCUUGAGAAUGUGCCAAAGGUCAAGGCUGCAUAUGAAAAGGGAGUUUUGGCUUUCGGAACCAUUGAUACCUGGCUGGUCUUCAAGCUCAAUGGAGGCAUAAAGAGGAACAUCUUCGUCACAGACCCCUCCAACGCAUCCCGAACAAUGUUCAUGAACAUCCACACACUCAGCUACGACGAUUCACUUCUCGACUUCUUCAGGGUCGACACCGAGAAAGUCCAUUUGCCAAAGAUUGUCCAUUCGUCCGACCCUUCUGCAUACGGCUCACUUAAUUCGACCGUCUUGAAAGGAGUCCCCAUCACGGGCUGCUUGGGUGAUCAGUCGGCCGCUCUGGUGGGUCAGAAGGGCUUUUCCCCUGGCCUUGCAAAGAAUACAUAUGGAACGGGCAGCUUCAUUCUUUACAAUGUGGGAGACAAGCCGGUCAUUUCCACGCACGGUCUCUUGACCACGGUGGCAUUUGACUUCGGUGGCAAGAACAAGCCCAUGUACGCUCUCGAAGGUAGCAUUGCGGUUGCCGGAUCGAGCGUCAAGUUCCUCGUUGACAACUUCGGCUUCAUCGAGUCAUCGAGCAAGGUCAGCCAACUGGCCGAAACUGUCGAAGACAACGGUGGCGUUACGUUCGUGACGGCUUUCAGUGGUCUUUUCGCUCCUUACUGGAUCGAUGACGCUCGAGGUACCAUCUUCGGGAUCACGGCAUACACCAAGCGUGGUCACAUUGCCCGUGCAACUCUGGAGGCGACUUGCUUCCAGACCAAGGCUAUCCUGGUGGCCAUGGAGAAGGACAGUGGGCACACCCUGGCUGAGUUGGCCGUUGAUGGUGGGAUGUGCAACUCCGACCUCACUAUGCAGGUCCAAUCCGAUCUCGUCAGCAUUCCGGUCAGGCGGCCGGCCAUGCGCGAAACCACCGCUCUAGGCGCAGCCAUCGCGGCCGGUCUCGCAGUGGAUGUUUGGGAGAGCAUCGACGAACUCAGGGAGGUCAACAACGAGGGGACCACGAUCUUUAAGCCUAGCAUCAGCAAGGAGGAGAGUGCCACCCGCUUUGCCCGGUGGGAGAAAGCGGUGGAAAUGAGCAAAGGAUGGGCCAACUGA